GGGCCCUUUGCCGACUUGGGAAUUUGCAAGUUUUCUUGUGUGGGUGGCUCCCUUGUUUUAAGUAUUAUAUGUAUUUCUCUACAUUUUGGCAGUGAGUUGGUUACAAACCAUGUAUAGUUUUUAAUUCCUAUUCAAAUUUGCAUUGUCUGCUUUCAAGAGUUUCAGUACUGUACCAUUUUUUGUGCUUUAUUUCAUUUUCUGUUUAAGUUGCAUUAAUGCAAGUACAGUUUUAUUUUUCUAGUUUUCCAACUUGUUGGGUACAGUCUACCGAUGUGGAAACUUGAAGUUCACUCCAGACGGAAACACUCUGAUUAGUCCAGUGGGAAACAGAAUUACAGUCUUUGACCUGAAAAAUAACAAAUCUGAAACUUUACCAUUGGCUGCUCAGUACAAUGUUGCAUGUAUGGGACUGUCUCCAGAUGGAAAUCUUGCUAUACUUGUUGACGAAGAAAAUUUGUGAUUACCAAAGACAAAGUUGCUCUGAUGUACCAUGCUCCAGGGAAAAAGAGAGAAUUUAAUGCAUUUGUUCUUGACAAAACAUAUUAUGGUGCUUAUGAUGAAACAACAUGCAUUGACUGGACUGAUGAUUCCAGGUGUUUUGCAGUGGGUAGCAAAGAUAUGUCAACAUGGGUGUUUGGAGCCGAACGCUGGGUCAAUUUGGUUUAUUAUGCACUAGGAGGUCAUAAAGAUGCAAUUGUUGCCUGUUUUUUUGAAGAAAACAGUUUGGAUUUAUACACCAUCAGCCGUGAUGGGGCUUUGUGUGUGUGGCAGUGUGAUACAGAACUAAAUGGUCUGAUACCUAGAACUUCCAAAAGCCAUUCCACUGACCAGGAAGAGUCAGCAAAAGACCUAGAUGAAGAGUUGCUAGAAACACAAAGAGACAAAGAGAUUCAUGGAAAAACCAGUGGAAAUGAAAAACAAAACAAGAAAAAAGUGAAAUAUUCAUGUGCUGCCAAAUACUUUUUUAAUAAAGAAGGAGAUUUUAACACCCUGACAGCUGCAGCUUAUCACAAGAAAAUCCAUCUAUUGGUCACUGGAUUUGCUUCUGGAAUUUUUCACCUUCAUGAGCUUCCAGAAUUCAAUCUCAUCCAUUCUUUAAGCAUUUCAGACCAGAGAAUUGCAUCUAUUUCCAUCAACAGUACCGGUGACUGGAUUGCCUUUGGAUGUGCAGGUCUGGGACAGCUUUUGGUUUGGGAAUGGCAAAGUGAGUCCUAUGUGCUGAAACAGCAAGGCCAUUUUAACAGCAUGGUAUCACUUGCAUAUUCACCAGAUGGGCAGUACUUAGUUACUGGCGGGGAUGAUGGAAAAGUGAAAGUAUGGAAUACCAGCAGUGGCUUCUGCUUUGUCACCUUUACUGAGCAUACCAGCAUCAUAUCAGCUGUAACAUUUACCAGUUCAGGACAUGUUGUUUUGAGUGCUUCUCUUGAUGGAACUGUGCGGGCAUUUGAUCUUCACAGAUACCGCAAUUUCCGCACUUUCACUUCCCCGCGACCCACACAGUUUUCCUGCUUAGCUGUGGACUCCAGUGGAGAAAUUGUUUCAGCUGGUUCCCAGGAUUCUUUUGAAGUAUUUGUGUGGUCUGUGCAGAGUGGACGACUUUUAGAUGUAUUAGAAGGUCAUGAAGGCCCAAUCAGUAGUCUAUGUUUUAACCCAGUGAAGUGUGUUCUGGCAAGUGCCUCUUGGGAUAAAACAGUCAGAUUGUGGGACAUGCUGGAUAGCUGGAGGACCAAAGAAACACUAGCACUAAGUUCUGAUGUGCUUGCUGUUGCUUUUCGUCCGGAUGGCAGUGAGCUUGCUGUAGCUUCCUUGGAUGGCCAAAUCACUUUCUGGGAUCAUGAAAAUGCAGUGCAAGCAGGAUCAAUUAUGGGGCGACAUGACCUUCAGAUGGGGAGGAAGGAACUGGACAAAAUAACUGCCAAACAAGCUGCUAAGGGCAAAUCUUUUACAAGUAUAUGCUAUUCUGCUGAUGGCCAGUGCAUUUUGGCAGGAGGUCUGUCGAAGUAUGUUUGUAUUUAUCAUGUCAAGGAACAGAUUCUCAUUAAAAAGUUUGAAAUAUCUUGCAAUCUUUCCUUAGAUGCAAUGGAGGAAUAUUUGGAUCGCAGGAAGAUGACUGAGUUUGGGAGCAUGGCAUUAAUAGAAGAGGGAAAUGGGGAUGAUGACGACGUUAUCAUUCCUCUUCCAGGAGUUAGGAGAGGUGAUAUGAGUUCUCGACAUUUUAAACCAGAAAUAAGAGUGACAUGCCUCCGUUUCUCUCCUACUGGAAGAAAUUGGGCAGCAACCACUACAGAAGGUCUUCUUAUCUACUCUUUGGACUCUAGUCUCAUCUUUGAUCCAUUUGACUUAGAAAUUGACAUCACUCCUAGCAAUAUUCGUAAAGUAUUGCACCAAAAGGAGUACACUAAGGCUAUUGUCAUGGCUUUUCGACUAAAUGAGAAGAAAAUGAUUCAAGAGGUUCUAGAAACUGUGCCCUAUGAUGAAAUCGAUAUAGUCUGCUCAUCGCUUCCAGACUUGUACAUAGAAAAGGUCCUAGAAUUUUUAGCAUCUUGUUUUGAGAAAACUCGUCACUUGGAAUUCUAUCUCGUGUGGACUCAGAAGUUGCUCAUGCUGCAUGGAUGCAAGUUAAAAACAAGAUCAGAAAAACUUCUGCCUAUUGUUCAGUUUCUUCAAAAGAGUAUUCAGAAACAUUUUGAAGAUCUUUCGAAACUUUGUGAUUGGAAUUGUUAUAACAUGAAAUACAUUCUUUCUAUUUCACAACAACGGGGUACGAAACGGAGAGCAGAAGAUUCUGAAAACAAUGGUUUGAAAAAUUUGGAAGAUUCCAGUAGUGAGGAUUUUAUGGAAGAAUCAGCUGUACAUUUAUAAAAAUAUGACACUUUUUUCCAUGUGUAAAUGUAAAUAGUGGUAUUCACUGAGAACUUCCUAACCCUUGAAGUGGCCUAUUUUUAUAGAUGAUUUGAAUGUGAAAUAAUGCAUCUGGGAAAAAGCAGUUUAUUUUUUGUACACUUUUUUCAGUAUUUGAAUAGCUGGACAGCUAUGGUCAUUAAAUCUAAACCAUGGCUUUUUUUUUGUAAUUCCAUUGCAGAUUGCAUGAUUCAUAAGUGUUCCUACCCUUGUCUGAUGCUCACAGAGUUGGUGAUUUACAGAUUACCUAAAUGACCUUUUAUGUAAAAUCACUUCUAUAAAAUAAAAUACAUAGGGGAAUAAUGGAAAGAGACACAAGGACCAAUUAAUGGACUGAAUAGAUUUAGAGUUAUAUUUUUUGCAAACGAAACCAAAAAUCAUUGUGCCCUAAAAUAACCACAGAUCUUCUAGAAAUCCUUUGUAGAAACUUACUUGUCUCUUCUGUCAUAAUUCUUGGUGUUUUUGUGAAUCUACUGUGUGUAAUUCCAGUGUGGCAACUUCAGCAAAACACUUGGAUAAAUUUCAAUGUAAAAAAUUACCCAGAUCACUCUUCUAGUUUAUUAUUUAUAUGUUUUCAAUUAUUAAACUGUCAUCCAGUUUCAUUUGCAAAUCAUUUAUUUCUAUCUCUCUUGUAAAUUAUUAUUUUUAGUCCACUGCAAAUCAAUUUCAGUUUUAUUCAACAGAACUUGUCCCUCUUCAUUAAUAUCUUCUGAUUCUUUUGUAAAGGUAAAUAACUGGAAGGCUUCCUGCACCCAUUCAUUAAAAAUCUAGUUUUAAAGUAACCAUCUGAUGCCCUCUAGUGUUUUCAAAUGUAGACAUUUCCCAUGAGAAAAGAUCCUUUCAGUUAAUUUCAAAGUCUUAAAGCAAGUCCAUCUAAGCCCUUAAUCAGUUUAAACAAUUCUAAAGCUAACAUUAAGAAUUGUUUUGCUCUAAAUGCCACAAUGUUUUUUUCUUACAAAUCUUUAAACUUGUAACUGAGCUUUUUUAAAAAAGGAUUGUAGAAAAACUCACCCAAUGAUUUCAAUAAAACUUGCCAGUCUGAAUGUUCUUAAUCUUUAAACAACAACAUUGUCAUCUAUGCAAACUCUUAAGUUUGAUCCAGGUUCAUCUCUUAAUCACAGAUGAACUUGGGUCCAACUUAAGAGUUUGCAUAGAUGACAUUAGCAGCUAUAAGCAUGAUGGAAUCCUGCGAGUCCCAGCCAAUUGUAAGCUGACUGCAAAAAUGCUCACCAACAAAAAACAAAAAACUCAGCUGUUCAUACUACAUAUGGGGAUCUUGUGAUCUCUCCUUACUCCAAAGAGAUUUUGGUAGCCCAAAUCUUGCAUUUGAGCAUUACUCUCAGUUGCAGCGUGUCCUGUUCUAUUCACCAUGGUGGCUCACCAAAUGCUCUUUGUAAUAAUUGAAAACGUGUUCAAAGUUUCACAGGAAGUGUUUGGAUUCCAUAUACUGUGAAAUCGCUGUUGUUAGUACGGUAUCUAAUAGUGUAUCUAUGGUAGCUGAAAAUGCUUUGGAAUUCUUGUUUCUGAUACUAUAGCCUGAAUAGAAAUUAUGAAGAAAUUCUAUUGGUUUAACAGUAGAAAUGCUUUAGAACGAGAGGCUAGAAUAAAUGAUAUUUGUAUCUGUUACCCUGGAAUUGUGGCCUGGCUUAUUUUUCUUUCUGAGAGUCCUGUUCUGUUCAAAAAAGUAGUUUGCUACUACUAUUAAAAAUAUAACAGAAAAUACCAUUCAAUAUAGAAUAUAUUUAUUUGAAUAAUAUUUGAAAAUGAUAAAUUGGGAGAUGUGACCAAUCAGACCUCAUCAAAAAGUUAUUUUACUUGCUUCAUGAGGUGGAAUAAUAAACAGCAUUUCCCAUCCCAUUUCUCAUGUUAUUUUUCUGGGUAAGAAAAUAUAUGUAUCCCUGGGAAUAAAAAUAUAAUUCUAAUCACUAAAAACAACUAUUUGAUUUAAUUUUGAGACUUUUUUUGUUUUAGAUGGCCAUGUCACUCUGAUUCAACAGAGUUGUUAUUUCAUCUCAGCUACCUUACCUUGUUUUUAGUACUAUAUUAAGUAAUAGCGAUAUUACUGCAAUAUGGUAGAUAGAUACAGAUGUCACUAUAAUCUGAAUUCUCAGCUGCAAGUAAAGUGAAGACUCAUUGAUUCUGUAAAAAAAAUAAGAUUGUUCAAAUAAAAGAAAUUAGUUUUCUAAAAUCCCUUGAGGCCCUAUAAAAAAACCUAGUGGGACAACAUAGCUUACUUUGCUGGAAAGAGAUAACAAAUAAAUACCAAAAGUUGGUGUACUUGUUAAGAUAAUAGGUUGGAGACCUGGAGAUUGUGAGUUCUAGAUCUGUUUUAGGCAUAAAAGCUGGCUGCGUGACUUUGGUCACUCUCACUCAGUCCAACCCACCUCCCAGGGCUGUGGGGGAAAGAUGAGGAAGCACUAUUAGCUAUGUUUACUGCCUUAUUUUUAAAAUAUUAUAAUGAAGGCAGUGUAAAAAUUAAAAUUAGAAACAGCAAUUAGAGCGUGUUGAAAGAAAAAUCCAGCCCAGUUCCAAGCCGGGAGAAAGACGCUGGAAAUAAAAUGGAGGCUGAUUGGAAAGAAGGACUGUUUAUUGAUGAUCAGAACCAACAACAGCAUGUAGUUCUUGGACAGCUGAAAAAUUGGUUUGAGGAAUACAUGGAUUUUUAUAGGGUUCUGGGAUGCUUUUGCUGUUCUAAUGGUUGUGGGUUAAUCCUAUUAUGUCCUAAAAGUCCUGUCCUGUCCUUAAUCCCAUCAUCAUCAUCAUCAUCAUUGGUCUGUGCUGACCAAUUGGCCCCCAUCUUCACCCAUAUUUUCAAUAAAUCACUAGAGAUGUGCUAUGUUCCUUCUUGCUUCAAACGCUCUACCAUCAUCCCAGUGCCGAAGAAGCCCACCAUCAAGGAACUGAAUGACUACAGACCAGUUGCUCUAACAUCUGUAGUCAUGAAAACCUUUGAAAGGCUAGUGCUUUCCUACCUGAAAACCAUCACGAAUCCGCUCUUAGACCCCUUGCAAUUUGCAUACCGAGCAAAUAGAUCAACAGAUGAUGCUGUUAAUAUGGCUCUGCACUACAUCCUACAACAUCUUGAGUCUCCAAAGACCUAUGCAAGGGUCCUUUUUGUAGACUUUAGUUCAGCAUUCAAUACCAUCAUUCCAGACAUUCUUCUAACUAAGCUAAACCAGCUACAGGUACCGGAACAGACUUGUAAGUGGAUCACAAGCUUCCUAACAAACAGGAAGCAGCAGGUGAAGCUAAGCAAGAU